AUGUCUUCUCCAGUAGCUACAGGCCGGCCAUUGCCUACUGAGGGACCUGCAGCAGGUGGUGAUGAAUUCGACGACCUAUUCGACUACGACGGCGAUAUAAACGAUCCUUUCAGCGAAAACUACGUUGUACCUCAAAGCAAAGAUACUACAAACAAUACCUCGAAAGACUCCGGGAGUAAAGGGAAAAGUGCAGCUGGAUUGGGUAUCGAUGAAGAAAUCGAAGUUACGAGGAAACCCAGAGCCCCACGCGUAAAGCUCGACGAACACAGACUCCUCUCCAACAACGGGAUUCCCAAACUCCGCAAAAAAGCCAAGAACCUCAAAUUCAAAGGCAAAGGCCAUGAAUAUAGCGAUGUAUCCCGCCUCCUCGCCUUCUACCAGCUCUGGCUCGACGACCUGUUCCCCAAAGCCCGCUUCCUGGACGCCCUAGCCAUGGUCGAGAAGAUGGGCCAUAAGAAGAUGAUGCAGAAUGCGAGGAUGGAGUGGAUUAAUGAGGGCAAGCCGCAUAGCGGCGUGCACGAGGAUAGUUUGUUCGAUGAGCCGGAGUUGCCUGCUAGGCCGAAGGAGAAGAGUGUGGAGAGGCAGACGGCUGGGAUUUUCGAGCGUGCGAAGGAAGGAGCGCGGGAGAAAGAAACGACGCUUAGGAAUGAGACUGGGGGGGGUUGUUCGGUGAUGAUGAUGAUUUAUAUGAUGCUACGCCUAAACCGACGAGGACGCAACCAGUCGCUGCAGGUGGGGGAACGAAAUACCCCUGUUGACGAUGGCCCGCCUGAAGACGAUUUAGAUGCGUUGUUAGCCCAGGAAGAGAGUCUGGUCGGCGAGAAAGCUGCACCUGCUGCAAGCAAACCUACAGGAGAUGAUUUCGACGAGGAUGAUCUUGAUGCCUUAAUGGCUGAGGAGAUGAUGCAGACGGACAACCCUGCACCUGCGCUCGCCGCCAAUAAAGCACCACCACCACCGCAGCAGACAGGUGAUUUUGAUGCUGAUAUGGAAGAGGCUAUGGCUGAGAUGGAUGGUUUAUGGGACUAG